GCCCACACCAUGCAGCCCCAGUCUGUUCUGCACAGUGGCUACUUCCACCGGCUGCCUCAGACCUGGCAGACAGCUGCCACCACCCUCAGUGCCUCCAACUUCAUUUACCCCAUCUUUGUCACAGAUGUUCCUGAUGACAUACAGCCUAUUGCCAGCCUCCCAGGAAUGUCCAGGUACCGUGUGAACCGGCUGGAAGAGAUGCUGAGGCCCCUGGUGGAAGAGGGUCUGUGCUGUGUCCCGAUCUUUGGUGUCCCCAGCAAAGUUCCCAAGGAUGAGCGGGGCUCUGCAGCAGACUCUGAGAAGUCCCCAGCUAUUGAAGCGAUCCAUCUGUUGAGAAAGACCUUCCCCAACCUCCUGGUGGCCUGCUACAUCUGCCUGUGCCCCUAUACUUCCCAUGGUCACUGCGAAUUUCUGAGUGAGAAUGGAGCAUUCAGGGCAGAGGAAAGCCGCCAGCAACUGGCAGAGGUGGCACUGGCCUACGCCAAGGCAGGAUGUCAGGUAGUAGCCCCGUCAGACAUGAUGGACGGACAAGUGGAAGCCAUCAAGGAGGUCCUGAUGGCAAAAGGACUUGGCAACAGGGUAUCAGUGAUGAGCUAUAGUGCCAAAUUUGCUUCCUGUUUCUAUGGACCUUUCUGGGAUGCUGCUCCGUCAAGCCCAGCUUUUGGAGACCGCCGCAGCUACCAGCUGCCCCCUGGAGCCCGGGGCCUCGCCCUCCAAGCAGUGGCCGACCGGGAUGUCCAGGAAGGAGCUGACAUGCUCAUGGUGAAGCCAGGAAUGCCCUACCUGGACAUUGUGCGGGAGGUGAAGGACAAGCACCCCGAGCUCCCCCUCGCCGUGUACCAUGCGUCUGGAGAAUUGGCCACGCUGUGGCACAGAGUCCAGGCUGGGGUAUUUGAUCUCAAGGCUGCGGUAUUGGAGGCCAUGACCGCCUUCCGCAGAGCAGGUGCUGACGUCAUCAUCACCUACUACACGCCUCAACUCCUGCAGUGGCUGAAGGAGUAACGGAGUGUACAAGACCCAAGAACUAGAACUCGAGAAGGCUCCCAGGGCCUUGGAGAAGUGAAAACCAAAGUAAAGGCUG